UAUUUUUUUUUGUUCUCUCUCUCUUCCCUCUGUGAUGUACGAAGCACGUUAAUGGCGGCUCCGCAUUUCACACAACUCAAAAUUACACUAAACCCUCUCAUGUAUUCCUUUCUCAUCUUAUCUCUACUAACUCUCGCCCUCCUCUCAUUCGUCUCCGCCAUCUUCUUUCUCCUCAAAGCUUCCCGCAGCAGAGCUGCUUUGUACAGCCAGAAACUCUUAUCCGAAUCCGAAACCAAACUCGAACCAGAAUCGUCUCCAUCCGACGGAGCCCAGUACCAAACCCAUGAAAAUGACCCGACCCAUUUGACGAAUUCGCGACUCUACGAGUUACUGCUCUCCGAUAAGAAAGAGGAUUCGGAUUGGGAAGGAGAUCAUGUGAAAAAGAAGACGAAGAAGAAGAAGAAGAAGCGAGGUAAGAAGAAGAAAUCAGACCUAAGAGAAGAUGAAUCCAGCGGCGAAAAGCAGCUCGGCGAAGGAGAUGGGGUGGUUUUGAAUCCGAGGACUGGCUCGAUUUCGAUAUCGGAAAAGAAACCAGAGUUUGUUUGUUUGUACCCUUUUACAUCGACGAGCAGUGCUACGCAGAGGAAGAUUAAGCAGCAAUACGAUCAGCUUGUUAAAUGCAAUAAUGCCAAAGGAUUGACACUAGCUCAGGUUGGAGAGUUUGCUAAUUGUUUGAUAGAAGCCAAAAAUGAACUACAGCACAAGUCACAAGUAAUCAAGCGCAAGUUUUCAAUAACAAAAGCCCUUCUCUUCAAGGCUGAUAGAUCUUCCUUUGACCGACUUCGUCAACAGAUCUAUAAGCUAGAGAUGGAACAAAAAAGAGUAGAAGAAGAUGCACUUGUAUAUAAUUGGCUCCAGCAACAGCUAAAACUUUCACCUGCAUACAAAAAGGUUCUUGAAAUAAGCGCUUCCAUGGAACUCAAAAACAAAUCGAGUAUAGAGUUAGACAAGCCAGAUGAUGAAUUUUCAGACAUCACCUUCGAAGAGCUACUGGAACAGGAGAAGAAAGAUUCCUUUUGGCAUAAAGAUGGAAGAUUGCGAACUUGCAGAACAUGAUUUGGUGAUUGAAACUGCGGUUGCUCUGCCGUGAGCUCAGCAGGGAAACUGAAUCCUUUUUUAUGUUCUCCUCUUUUUGGUGCUGUAUAGAGAGUUUCCUCCAUAGGGAUGCGUUUUCUAUAGUCAUCGGACACAUUAGUACAUUUUACCCGGUUUUCAAAUCGAUUUUUUUCGGUUCGGUUUGAAUCAAAUUAAUUCGGUUAAUCUGAA